AUGGCGAACAAAAAGUUCGAAGAAUUUAUUCCAGAUUUACAACCGUGGAAUAUUUACGAAGAAAGAUUGGAACAACAUUUUGUGGCAAAUGGGGUUGAAGAGGAAGCUAUUAAAGUGGCGAUCCUAAUCAGUUCGGUGAGUGCACCCACAUACACCUUGUUGAGAGAUCUAUGUUUUCCAGAAGCUCCCAACACUAAAACAUUUGCAGAAUUAUCAAAGUUAUUAGCUACCCAUUACGGAGGUCAAGUGAGUACAUGGAGAGAAAGAUGUACAUUUUUUGACCUGCGGCAAGAAACUGAGGAAAAAAUAGCUGACUGGUACGCUAGGAUAAGAAGUGCUGCAGUUACGUGCAAGUUUUGGGCAGAUCUAAUCAAAGUGCUGCUAAAUAAGUUCGUGAGUGGUAUGUGUCCUAGUAAAAUUCUCGACAGAUUAUGCGAAGAGGAUGAAAAGGCGACGAUGGAGCAGAUGGUGAGUUUGGCAAUGAAGACAGAAAAUGCUAUCAUGGCUUCAAAAACAAGCUCGAGGUCAACUGUAAAUGUUCACGUGAUAGAUCAUCAGCAAGCUUCGUCAUCGUCGAGUUCUCGAGUUCGUCUGCAGGGACAGGAUGGAGGUUGGCAACAUGGGACAAGGCGGACAACGCAUGGCAGCUCAAACGUCAAUGUAAAUUCAAGUGUCAAUCAGAUGUCAAAAUAUAAGAUAUGUGGAAAUAAACACAAAAAUAGUUGUAAAUAUAAAGAUUACAUUUGUAAUAUAUGUAAAAACAUGGGGCACUUGGCUAGGGUCUGUUUGGCACAUAAAAAUAGUGUUAAUUUUUUAGAUAGUGAGGCGGAAGAGGACAUUUAUACAUUAGACAGCAUAGAAUCAAGAAUUGUUGAUCUGUGCCAUGUACAAGUCAAGGUAGACAAUCCCUUUAAAAUCCAGGUAAAGAUUGAAGGCAAAAUAUAUGAGAUGAUCAUUGAUAGUGGCGCUGGUGAGAGUAUAACACAAUCUGAAUCAAAUUUGGAGAAGUUAACGAUGGAAACCCAAGGUGAGCCAGUUUUGCUGGACAUGGCUACUUCUUCAGACACUGGCAACAGAUCAUUAACUAAUACAGUUUACAGGUCAGAUAAUGAACAAAACAUUAUUGUUAAUAAUCCAUCUGAUAAUAUGUCUCAAACAGGUAGAAGCAGACGUGUUACAAAUAUGCCAAGGAAAUACAAUGAUUUCAUUCUAGAGUAA